AUGCCCAUCACCACGAUCGCAGCGGUAUCAUUCUAUAUCACCGAGCCAUACAUAGAUACGUUAUCGAAGUUGCUCCAGAAGCCAAAAAAGCAAAAAUUGACAAUCGCCCCCGGCAUCUCAGAAACCACUCGUCCACUCAGAGCAAUGGCUCACAGCCCAGUUGCCAUCGCCUGCUUCGAGUCCAUAGGUCUUUCUGCUUCAUGUACUAAAUCCUUCACGCGAGCUAGAGAUCACAGAUCUCCUGCCAGCUAA